UCGUGGAGGAAGACUGAACAUGGUGUUUCCAAUGUGGACAUUGAAGAGACAGUCCCUUAUCCUUUUUAACAUAAUCCUAAUUUCCAAACUCCUUGGAGCUAGAUGGUUUCCCAAAACUCUGCCCUGUGAUGUCACUCUGGAUGCUCCAAAGGCCCAUGUGAUUGUGGACUGCACAGACAAGCAUUUGACAGAAAUUCCUGAAGGUAUUCCUACCAAUGCCACCAACCUCACCCUCACCAUCAACCACAUACCUGGUAUCUCUCCAGCUUCCUUCCACCAGCUGGACUACCUGGUAGAGAUCGAUUUCAGAUGCAACUGUAUACCUAUUCGACUUGGGCCAAAAGACAAUAUGUGUCCCAGGAGGCUGCAGAUUAAACCCAGAAGCUUUAGUAGACUCACUUACUUAAAAUCCCUUUAUCUGGAUGGAAACCAGCUUCUAGAAAUACCUGAGGGUCUUCCCCCCAACUUGCAGCUGCUGAGCCUUGAGGCCAACAGUAUCUUUUGUAUCAUGAAAAAUAACCUAACAGAACUGACCAACAUAGAAAAACUCUACUUGGGCCAAAACUGUUAUUUUCGCAAUCCUUGCAACGUUUCAUUUUUCAUAGAAAAAGAUGCUUUCCUGAGUCUGAAAAAUCUAAAAUUGCUCUCCCUAAAAGAUAACAAUAUCACAUAUGUCCCCACUACAUUGCCAUCCACUUUAACAGAACUCCAUCUUUAUAACAACGCCAUUGCAAAAAUCCAAGAAGAUGAUUUUCAUAACCUCAAUCAACUGCAAAUUCUUGACCUAGGUGGAAACUGCCCUCGUUGUUACAAUGUCCCAUUUCCUUGUACACCCUGUGAGAAUAAUUCUCCCCUACAGAUCCACAUGAAGGCUUUUGAUGCAUUGACAGAAUUACAAGUUUUACGUCUAUACAGUAACUCUCUUCAGCAUGUGCCCCAAAGAUGGUUUAAAAACAUUAAAAAACUUAAGGAGCUAGAUCUUUCACAAAACUUCUUGGCCAAAGAAAUUGGGGAUGCCAAAUUUUUGCUUCUUCUUCACAACCUUGUCCAAUUGGAUCUGUCUUUCAAUUAUGAACUUCAGGUCUAUCGUGCAACUCUGAAUCUAUCGGAUGCAUUUUCUUCACUGAAAAACCUGAAAGUUUUACGGAUCAAAGGAUACGUCUUUAAGGAGCUGAGCAGCCAUAACCUCUCCCCAUUACGUAGUCUCUCCAAUCUUGAAGUUCUUGAUCUUGGCACUAACUUCAUAAAAAUCGCUGACCUCAGCAUAUUCGAACAAUUUAAAACAUUGAAAGUCAUAGAUCUUUCAAUGAAUAAAAUAUCACCUUCAGGAGAUUCAAGUGAAGUUGGCUUCUGCUCUAACACCAGAACUUCUGUAGAUGGUAAUGCACCUCAGGUCCUUGAAACAUUACAUUAUUUCAGAUAUGAUGAGUAUGCAAGGAGUUGCAGGUUCAAAAACAAAGAGACUCCCUCUUUCUUGCCUUUUAAUAAAGAUUGUUAUGUGUAUGGGCAGGCCUUGGACCUAAGUAGAAAUAAUAUAUUUUUUGUCAAGUCCUCUGAUUUUCAGCAUCUGUCUUUCCUCAAAUGCCUAAACUUGUCAGGAAAUACCAUUGGCCAAACUCUCAAUGGCAGUGAAUUUCAGCCUUUAGUGGAGUUGAAGUAUUUGGACUUCUCUAACAACCGGCUUGAUUUACUCUACUCAACAGCGUUUGAGGAGCUACGCAACCUGGAAAUUCUAGAUAUAAGUAGUAAUAGCCAUUACUUUCAAUCAGAAGGCAUUACUCACAUGCUAAACUUCACCAAGAACCUAAAAGUUCUGAAGAAACUCAUGAUGAACAACAAUGACAUCUCUAUGUCCACCAGCAGGACCAUGGAGAGUGAGUCUCUUAGAAUUCUGGAAUUCAGAGGAAAUCAUUUGGAUGUUUUAUGGAGAGAUGGUGAUAACAGGUACUUAAAAUUCUUCAAGAAUCUGCUAAACUUAGAGGAGUUAGACAUCUCUGAAAAUUCCCUGAGUUUCUUGCCUUCUGGCGUUUUUGAUGGCAUGCCUCCAAAACUAAAGACUCUCUCCUUGGUCAAAAAUGGGCUCAAGUCCUUCAACUGGGGAAGACUCCAGUAUCUGAAGAAUCUAGAAACUUUGGACCUCAGCUACAAUGAGCUGAAGAGUGUCCCUGAGAGAUUAUACAACUGUUCCAGAAGUCUCAAGAAACUGAUUCUCAAGUACAAUCAAAUCAGGCAUCUGACAAAGCAUUUUCUACAAGAUGCUUUCCAGUUGCGAUACCUGGACCUCAGCUCAAAUAAAAUCCAGAUUAUCCAGAAGACUAGCUUUCCAGAAAAUGUCCUCAAUAAUCUGGAGAUGUUACUUUUGCAUCAUAAUCGGUUUCUGUGCACCUGUGAUGCUGUGUGGUUUGUCUGGUGGGUUAACCAUACAGAGGUGACUAUUCCUUACUUGGCCACAGAUGUGACUUGUGUGGGGCCAGGAGCACACAGGGGCCAGAGUGUGGUCUCUCUGGAUCUGUAUACCUGUGAGGUAGAUCUGACUAACCUGAUCCUGUUUUCACUUUCCGUAUCGGUGGCUCUUUCUCUGAUGGUGAUUACAACAGCAAACCACCUCUAUUUCUGGGAUGUGUGGUAUAGUUACCAUUUCUGUAAGGCCAAAAUAAAGGGGUAUCAGCGUCUGACAUCACUGGAUUCUUGCUACGAUGCCUUUGUUGUGUAUGACACUAAAGACCCAGCAGUGACAGAGUGGGUUUUGGAUGAGCUGGUGGCCAAGUUGGAAGACCCAAGAGAGAAACAUUUUAAUCUGUGUCUUGAGGAAAGGGAUUGGCUACCAGGGCAGCCAGUUCUGGAAAACCUUUCCCAGAGCAUCCAGCUUAGCAAAAAGACGGUGUUUGUGAUGACAAACAAGUAUGCAAAGACUGAGAACUUUAAGAUCGCAUUUUACUUAUCCCAUCAGAGGCUCAUGGAUGAAAAAGUAGACGUAAUUAUCUUGAUAUUCCUUGAGAAGCCCCUUCAGAAAUCCAAGUUCCUCCAGCUCCGGAAGAGGCUGUGUAAGAGUUCCGUCCUUGAGUGGCCGACAAACCCACAGGCCCACCCGUACUUCUGGCAGUGUCUGAAAAAUGCCCUGGCCACAGACAAUCACGUGACCUAUAGUCAGGUGUUCAAAGAGACGGUCUAGCCCUUCUUUGCCAAGCGUGACUACCUGACCUACCAAGGAAAAGCUUGGCUGUCUAGAUUGUCCCAUGAAUGCCUCACUAAAAGGGUGUUGUUAAAGUCUCCAAGACCUGGGAUUAUCCACAUCAGAGAGGAGAGUCACAGUGUAUGACAAAGGAAUUGGAAAAAUGGAAUUUCUAUAAUGCAUCACAUCAUCUUUCCGAUCUCUCUGUGACUCCAUUGGCACUUGAGUCUCCCCUUUCUGUUUCUGUAUAAGACACGACUGGGAGAAGGGCGGCAAGGAGAGGACAUAAGGCUCUGAUUCUCCUGUAAUUCUCUUGUGAUUAUUAAAUACACACACAAUCACGAAAUUCAGAGGAAUCGUGCUUCUACUCCUAAGAAGUACCGCUAUGUAUGGAAAUAGGGUAAAAGAUGCUCAGGGCCUACGUGUAUGACAUCACAAUGUACUAGAUAGAGUUAGUGAAAUGAAAACACAGGGAACGCAACUGAUUGCUUCUGCAUCACCUAGCGCCCCCUUCUGCACAGAUCGACUGUUGCCCUCUCCAGAACCAGGCGGCACAGGCACUCUGACCCUGGAUGUCUGUCCUUUGGAACUGUGAGAAAAAAGUGUUAAGUCAUCCAGUUUAUGAUACUUUGCUAUACAGCAUCCUGAGCGGACUCAAACAAAGAUUUUUAUCUGCAUUGCAAAAGGACUAUAGCCAAAGUAAAAUUGCCUCAUCCAAUGGUCUUUGAAACUGCUUUGCUAACUAAUAUCGUAUAUCUGUA